UGAAAUAAAUACUGGUCAAACAUGUCGGAUCUGUAUCCAUCGCUCACGCAGUGUGCGGUUGUUGCAACGACUUUCAAGAUCUUAUUAUGGCCCGCGUACAAGUCAACAGAUUUCGAAGUGCAUCGCAAUUGGUUAGCCAUAACCAAUUCUCUUCCUGUCAAAGAUUGGUACUAUGAGAAAACAUCAGAAUGGACUCUCGAUUACCCUCCUUUCUUCGCAGCUUUCGAAUGGACUAUGUCUCAAGCUGCUCAAUUCUUCGACACCGACAUGCUCCAAGUCAAAAACCUUGGUCAUAUGAGUUGGCAAACUGUCUACUUCCAAAGAGCAACGGUAAUUUUGACCGAAUUGGUACUCCUCUAUGCCCUCCACCUUUAUGUUCGUGGUGCACCCAUUACCGCUAAGAAGACAUCUCACGCGGCUGCACUCUCGAUUCUUCUUUCUCCUGGUCUGCUCAUCAUCGACCAUAUUCACUUCCAGUACAACGGCUUCAUGUACGGCGUUCUCAUCCUCUCGAUCGUUCUUGCACGCAGGCAAUCGGGGCUUCUGUUGAGUGGCAUCACUUUCGCAAUCUUGCUUUGCUUCAAACAUAUCUAUCUCUACUUGGCACCGGCAUACUUCGUCUUUCUCCUUCGAGUGUACUGUCUCGACCCUCGAUCGUGGUUCAGAAUCCGCUUUGCCAACUGCGUUAAACUCGGACUCGGGAUAUGCUUCGUUUUUGGACUUGCAUUCGGACCCUUUGUUUAUUGGAAUCAAAUGGAUCAACUCUUGAGCCGCUUGUUCCCGUUCUCUCGAGGACUAUGCCAUGCUUACUGGGCCCCGAACGUCUGGGCUGUGUACUCGUUCGCCGAUAGACUUUUGAUCUACCUGGCUCCCCAUUUCAAUCUAGCUGUCAACCGAGAAGCCAUCAACAGUGUGACCCGCGGUCUUGUUGGAGACACUUCGUUCGCGGUGCUUCCUGACAUCUCUCCAAGGAUGACCUUCGUUUUGACACUGGCAGCACAGUUGCCACCCCUCGUCAAGCUCUUCUUCCGUCCGACUUGGGAGACCUUUGUGGGAGCCCUUACUCUUUGCGGCUACGCGUCCUUCCUCUUUGGCUGGCAUGUCCACGAGAAGGCGAUCUUGCUGGUCAUCAUUCCAUUCAGUUUGAUCGCACUUAAGGACCGACGAUAUCUCGGAGCAUUCAGACCUCUCGCUGUGUCAGGCCAUGUCUCGCUCUUCCCACUACUGUUCACCGCUCAGGAGUUCCCAAUAAAGACAGUAUACACCAUUUUCUGGCUGGUAGCUUUGUUGCUAGCAUUUGACCAGCUUGCUCCUGCUUCUGCGAGGCAGAGAGUAUUCUUGCUCGACCGCUUUUCUCUAGUAUACAUCGUGGUAGCAAUUCCUCUCAUCGCCUAUUGCUCCCUCAUCCAUCAGCUGGUGUUCGGCGCGAAAUAUGAGUUCCUGCCGCUCAUGUUCACCAGUUCAUAUUGUGCGAUGGGAGUGGUGUCAAGUUGGAUCAGUUUCCUGAUUGUGUAUUUCACCUCCUGAGCAUUACAGAACUACAUUCACAAGAAAAGCACUAAGAUCUGAAUUUGCUCUCCUCAAAGUGCUGGUGCAUGCUAGAGAGCCAUAAUGAUCCAGAGGUCGAAAUCCUGUUAGUAUGAGUGUCAAACGUAAUCAUUCUCAACAUACGUCCGAGUUUUUGUCAAAAACACUAUUCUGCUUUGCCAUGAGAUGUUCAUGAGUAACCUAGUGUUAGACAAGAAACGAGUCUCGAGGGUCGCAUACAGCUAGUCGAGGUUGUCCAGUAUAGAAGGCUGCGUAGCGUACAAGGGUAUAGAAGUUGGCUAGAUCGUAUACAGAAUUACAUGUUUAUAUGUUUAAUGAAGAUGACAUCAGAAG